UGGUACGGCGUGGUGCUGACCGUACUCGGGGGUCACUCUUCUGGCCAUGUGCCUCACACAGCCGCAACUCGUCUCAUUUGUCAAGGUGGCCGAAACCUCGGGCUCGAGUCUCGCGUACAAUGAUGAGAUUUACUGCCGACAGAAGAUCUACAUCAGUUGCCCGGAUUUAGAAAACAAAACAUCUUCAACGAAUGCGGUCGUCAAGAUUGAAGGCGAUAUUGCUGGUCAAAGGAAAGGUCCAGUGAACAUGGGACAUCUGGUCAGUUUGGCAGCCUCGGGGGAUCGUCUGAAAACGCCCGAUACUUUCUCCGAAAAGAACCGUAGAGCCCUCGAUGCCUCAGACGGAUUGGCCAGGCUCAGAGCUAAGACGUUGAAGAACUUGCCGCUGCAAAUCAGCGUCGUCAACGUCCCCACGUAUUUCAAGAGGAUGGUCAACCAAACCG